CAAACAAGCAACUAAAGUAGAUCUCCUACUCAACUAUUUAUAAAAGGACAACUAGAUCUCGAAACAAUCGCACAGCAAGAAAGUAGAAGUCAAUGGCGAAAGUUGCAGCUUUUGCCGAGAGUUCCAGAUGGUCACUUAAUGGUUUAGCCGCUCUUGUCACUGGUGGCACUUCCGGAAUUGGGCAUGCUAUUGUAGAAGAGCUUGCUGGACUUGGUGCGAAAGUGUACACAUGUUCGAAGACAGAAUCGGAGCUUAAAGAGCCAAUGCAAGAUUGGGCAGACAGGGGCAUUCAAGUAAAAGGCUCAGCAUGUGAUGUAACUUGUAGGGAGCAUAGAGCUCAGCUCAUGGAAAAGGUUUCCUCUGAAUUCGAGGGAAAACUCAACAUUCUUAUAAACAAUGUUGGAACAAACAUUUGGAAGCCCUCUAUCGAAUACACUGCCGAAGAUUAUGCCUUUAUGAUGUCUACCAAUUUAGAACCUUCAUUCCAUUUCAGCCAACUUGCUCAUCCUCUUAUGAAAUCAUCUGGAUCUGGAAGUAUUGUUUUCACAUCCUCUGUUGCUGGUCUUGUCCACGUGGACGGUACUUCUAUUUAUGGAGCAACAAAAGCUGGAAUGAUUCAGCUUACGAAAAAUUUGGCUUGCGAAUGGGGAAAAGAUGGUAUUCGGGUUAAUGCCGUUGCACCAUGGUACACAAACACGCCACUCGUGAAACAUUUGCUCAAGGACAAAACGUUUUCGGAUGCGUUAAUAUCAAGAACGCCUCUUAGGCGUGCAGGAGAAGUUGAAGAAGUUUCAUCACUGGUGGCUUAUCUCAGCCUUCCUGCUGCUUCCUACGUCACUGGCCAGGUUAUAGCAGUUGACGGAGGCUUCACUGUCUAUGGCUUCCAACAGCCUGGGCUAUGAAUGGUUCUUUUGUGAUUGGUAUUAGCUCAUGUUUUUUGUGUUUCAAGUGUGAUGAUCCAGUUGAAAUUAUCAUGAAUAAAAGUCUUGAUCAGAUAAACAUGCUAGCAUUUUCUCGAGUGUUGCCAGUGUAUUUGACAGGCGAUAUUGUAUUGAAGAUAAAACUUCAGAACACACAUUAUAUCUUUUUAAUGUCAAUUUUUUCAGUUUGGGUGU